AUGUCCGACAUACCGAACCCGUUGCGCUGUUUUCGGUGCAACAGGUUUGGACAUGCUGCAGACGGGUGCCGUGGUUCUGCCUGUUGUGCACGAUGUGGAAAGUCUGACCAUGAGACUAAAGAAUGCAAAGGGCCAGACUGCUGUGUCAACUGUUCUUCCAACCACCCAUCCUACUCGAGGUCCUGUACAAAGUGGAAAUAUGAAAAGGAAGUCCUGCACGUUAAGGUUACACAGAACACCAGUUACCCAGAAGCAAGGAAAAAAGUAGCUCCCAUCUUUUUCGAAAAAUCCUUUGCCACAGCCGUAAAACAGAAAGUGAAACUAGUAACACAGUACACACAGACCGAGCAAUCACUGCUGAUAGAGACAACCACAAAAGAUGUCCAGGGAGGUGCACGUCCACUUCCAGUCCCCGAAACUCCAGUGGCGUCCCUAACACCGACGCCACUUCUGUCCUCACAGUCCACGGAGACCACAUCCAUGGACUGCGAGGACGAGACGAGCUCUGAGCGCUCCUUCGCGAGCACGAGCUCCCAAGUCCUCCAAAAGAAUAGAGCUAGUCUGUCGGGGAGUGGGUCACUCCCUGACAUAUCUGACAAGGAGCUUGCGGCUGCGCGGAAGAAACCCACAAGGCCGCGGGUCACACCUCCAACAAAAAAUAGGUGA